GCGCAUUUUCUUUAUCUUGGGGAAAGACAGACAGCUAUUUUUAGCACGCUUUGGAUCUGCACUUUCGCCUGCUUCAUUUUAAAUAAGGAUUACACCUCAACAUGAGUGAUAAGGGCACCAUCUCAGCAAAAGAGGGAGCAGAGAAGAGGGGACGUGGAAGGCCAAGGAAACAGCCACCGGUGAAAAGUGGUUCUGAUGAGCCCAGUGGGUCCCCUACCCCAAAGAGGCCCAGGGGACGGCCAAAAGGCAGCAAGAACAAGACUGUCACCAAGGGCAAGAAGACACCAGCAGCCUCAACUGCAGGGAUGAAACGCAGGGGAAGACCUAAGAAGGAGGAAAAGGAGGAACAGACAGCCAAGGAAUCAUCAUCUGAAGAAGGAGAAGAGGAGGAAGACCAGUAAACUUGCUACCUCACUCAACAUACUGACUUCCUGUCAACCAGAACUGGACUGAAUCUCCAAUACUGGUGCCACCCCAACCCCUGUUCUACUGUUCACUUUCUUGCCUUCUAGCCAAAGGAGGGUCAACAACACAGUUCAUCCAACCUCUAUCUGCAAAUGCACUGGAAAACCAAUGGAUGUUUCUCAACAAGCAUAUAUCUAUCAAAGAAUCACAGGACAGGUGACAGACAACACUUUCUCUGUGGGUAUGUCAUGGUAUUACAAGUCUUUUAUAUUGGACUAAAGUAUGCUCUGAUGAUGAGUUUUUGGACACGCAUCUUUCAAAAGACUGUAGUGUAUAGGACAUUCUCUCGGCUUAGCGGUACAAUUUUUUCCCUAACACCGGUAUCUUGAGCUGGUAUGGCAUAUACACUUAUUUCCAGGUUUUCUAUUGGACAAAAGGUGAGUUUUGCCUAUACUUGCUUUUUAAGUGUGAAGUGGACACCUACUUACCAGUGAUCUCUAGGAUAUACAGUAUGAUCAUUAAAUAUACGGUUAUAGCAAUGUUAUUCAUGUAUAAUCUCUGUAGUAGACAUCUCCCUGUUACUCCUGAUUGUGCAGAAUUGUUCCUCCCUCCCACCCAAAAUAAGCUGUCCCUUACUAGUCUCUCUGGUGUGACUUGUGCUUGUCUCCCUAUAGCCUCUUUGGGGCGCCACUGGAAAAGGCUUGUGUAAACUAAAGUGUACUGUUAUUAAUCAAAGAUCUGAUCAGACUGAUUGUUUUUUAUCGUGUUCCUCCGGGUCACUACAUGCCCUCAAAUACCUGAGGAAUUGUGCUGCUUUGACGUCUACGAAAACUCAACAUAAUGUCAUAAUGGCUUAAGGAUGGGUAGGCAUUCAUUGAGUGGGUAGCUACAUUCUCUCACCACUCCAGGGAGCUUUUAUUGAACUCUGGCAUCUGCUGUUCCUCUUAAUGUUGUCCUCCAGUCUACAGUACUUGUUGCAACCCAUCGCCACUUGGUCAGUUCUAGGUGAAACAAACUGUGGUUGCCCAAACUCGGAGCUGGAUUGUUACUGUUGUGGCACUGUUUUAUCCAAUAGGUCUGUAUAAUAGCUGAUCAUUCCAUUUCACCUCUUUACAUGCCCAAGGCCCGUUCUGUGUCAUCACUUUGUACAGGAUGUUGAAAUACUCUGCUCUGUCUGUGAGGAUACAGUCAGUGUCUGCUGUCUACUCUAGAAAAACUGUUUUUUGUUGUUGUUUCUCAGUGUUUCUCAGUGUCAGGGAUCUCUAGAUCACAGUCCAGUUACUGGGUCUCUCCUCAAACCUACAAGCUGCUACAAACUCAGUUAUAAAAACCCGUAAAACUGCAUUGUGCCUGACAAGGCCCAGAAUCUCAUACUCACUUAACUUUCCCAUAUUGCAUUCUUCAACUGGUUUCAAAUGUACAAUGUAACCUCUGGCAAGUGUUUGAGAAAUGUUUGUAUUACAUAGAUUAAAAAAGACAGAAAAUACACAGACUAACUAGUUUGGUAUUUUAAAGACAACUGCCUAGCUACUAGUGAAAGUGUGCUCAUCCCCCCCCCCCCCUUUUUAUAACCUAGCUUAGACAGGUCACUAAGCCAAUGUGUAAAGUCAGGGAGAUCUGGCAGUUUUGCAAACUGUGUUCGCUGACUGUAGUCGAUUAGCCAGCGUGUUCUAUCUUUUUAAUAAAUCUUACUUCUGGUGCACUGAAAUGUUAGCUUGGUUCAGGUUGUUCAGAUUGUCAUGUGUGUGUUUAGUGACAAAAACUGGGUGUUCUCUCCAGCUUGUAAUUCCGUUGUAGGCCUCGUGCGGCUUUGGCACCGUGCUCUUUUCCAUGUAAAAGUCCCUAAUGGCACCCUAUUCCCUUUAUAGUGCACUACUUUAGACCAGAGCCCUGUUCAAAAGUAGUGCACUAUAUAAAGAAUAGGGUACCAUUUGAGGGGUAUCAUGUUCAUGUGGAACUCCGGUAAUGAAAUAUAUCCAAUCACAGCUGCAACUAUUUUGACAAUGUCCUUAUGUACCAACAUCAUCCAUGUACAUUAAUUCAUGCAAAGUUGAGAUGGGAUCAUUCUUUUAAAUGUACACUGUCUAUAUUUCUAUUGUGCCCUAUGACAAUUUGUAUCCAGAAAUGGUCAAUAAAUACAAGAAUGUAUCA